CCAUUUGGGCUCCAACCGGAAGUCAGUAGCGGUGCCAGUUUCUUUCGCUGGAAUGGGGCUAGUCAGAAACUAGCACUGAGCUUUGAAUUGAAUUUGAAGUUUUUGGCAAAGAUAGACGCAGCUUGUCGGAGAGUUCAAUAGAGAGUGGAGUGAAAUGAAACGCGAUGUCCGGAUACUGCUGUUGGGGGAACCCAAAGUGGGAAAGACCUCUCUCAUCAUGUCUCUGGUCGGAGAGGAGUUUCCUGAGCAGGUUCCUCUCAGGGCGGAGGAGAUCACCAUACCUGCUGACGUCACACCUGAGAAAGUGCCCACACAUAUAGUCGACUAUUCAGAAACUGAACAGUCUGAUGAAGUGUUGAGGGAGGAAAUCGUAAAGGCUAAUGUCGUGUGUGUGGUUUAUGAUGUCACGCAAGAGGAAACCAUUGACAAGAUCAGGACUAAAUGGAUUCCGCUGGUCAAUGGAGGCGCUGAGAAAGGAAGCAAGAUUCCCAUCAUCCUCGUGGGCAACAAGUCUGACUUGCGCUCUGGGAGCUCCAUGGAAACCAUCCUGCCAAUCAUGAACCAGUUUUCGGAGAUUGAGACCUGUGUAGAGUGCUCAGCAAAGAAUCUGAAGAAUAUUUCCGAGCUCUUCUAUUACGCCCAGAAGGCCGUUCUACACCCGACUGCUCCGCUCUACGACCCCGAAGACAAACAGCUGAAGCCGCAGUGUGUUCGAGCUCUGAGUCGAAUCUUCAGCAUCUCUGAUCAGGAUAAUGAUCACAUCCUCAGUGACACUGAACUCAACUGCUUUCAGAAAUUGUGUUUCGGGAAUCCACUGGCUCCUCAGGCUCUUGAAGAUGUGAAAACAGUGGUGUGGAAGAACACCAGUGAUGGAGUCCAGGACAACGGACUCACACUCAACGGUUUCCUGUUCUUGAACACUCUCUUUAUCCAGAGGGGACGUCAUGAGACCACCUGGACCAUCUUGCGUAAAUUCGGCUACGAUGACACGCUGGAGUUGAUGGAUGACUACCUCUACCCACCACUGCGAAUACCGGUGGGCUGUACGACGGAGUUGAAUCAUCUGGGUCAUCAGUUCCUCCAGAAGCUCUUUGAUAAGUAUGAUGAGGAUAAGGAUUCAGCCCUCUCUCCCGCAGAGCUGAAGAAUCUGUUUAGUGUUUUACCCUACAUGCCCUGGGGCCCGGCGGUGUACAGUAAUGUCCCCCUUACGGACGAGAGCUACAUCUCCCAACAAGGAUACUUCUGCAAGUGGAUGUUAUGUGCUUAUCUGGAUGUCCACCGGUGUUUGGAGCAUCUGGGAUACCUCGGGUAUCCGAUUCUAAUGGAGCGAGAAUCCCAGACCUCCGCCAUCACAGUAACGAGAGAAAAGGCAUUAGACCUGGACAAGAGACAGACUCAGCGGACUGUGUUCCUCUGCAAAGUGAUUGGUCCGCGCGGAACGGGAAAGACAGACUUUCUUCGAGCAUUUCUGCAGCGAAGCACUGAGAGAAAUGACCGCGACCCCGGCCCCCCCUCAAUAUAUGCUGUCAACACAGUCUCAGUAGCCAAUCAGGACAAGUACCUCAUCCUGGAAGAAGUGGACGUGGAAACAGAGUUUCUAAAAGCAGCAGAUGCAGCGUGUGAUGUGGCGUGUCUCAUGUAUGAUGUCAGCGACCCAGACUCAUUUAACUACUGUGCUAGUAUAUAUAAGCAGCACUAUAUGGACAGUGGGAUCCCGUGUGUGGUGGUGGGCUCCAAAGCUGAUCUGAUAGAAGUCAAACAGCAUCAUGGGAUGAGCCCAUCUGAGUUUUGUUACAAGCAUCGGCUGCCUUCACCCCUCCAUUUCUCCACGCUGCUCACACACACUCACACACACAUUUACAGCAAGCUCACCUGGGCCGCCAUGUACCCGCACCUGAAUGGAUCAGACAUGAGCAGCACGUCUUUCUGGCUGCGUGUGACUCUGGGCGCCACAAUAGCCGCCAUGCUGGGCUUCGCUCUGUACAGAGCCUUUAGCCGACACAAAUGAUGCACACGCACAAUACAUGCAGAUAAACACACACUCCUUCAUUUCCUGCGCUCUGUCUUGGCCUUACCGAGUCAUUGUGACUUAACAAGGGUGUGAAACCCUGUUAGUUACAGCGACACAACAGAAUUUAGCAGUUUUUUUUUUCUCUUCAGCUGGACUAAAGUAUUACAGACAUGCUUUGCUUUUACUACGAAAACUUGCCGACCUUACUGUUUGACCUACAUUGGUCGACCCCAAGAGACGUUUUUCCAACAGGAGCAAUAUUAAGAAAUGAUUUAACAGAUUAUGUUUUGAAUUGUACAGAGAUUGUAAUGUAUUUAAGACCUUGGGAAAUCAAUAUGGAUCAAGAAUAUAUUCAAUGUGAAUGUAUUCAAACUCAUAUUCGGCGUCUGAAGCGUCUAUUCAAACACAUCUCAGUGUUGGGGUCAAUUAUUCGGUUUUACCUCAGCCAGUUCAGGAAAUGCACUUCAAUUUAAUUCAUAAUUCACCCUUUCAGAAUAUUUGAGAAGCUAAAGUAAUUCUGGGUUGAAUAUAAGUUGAGCUCUAGUUAUGUGCUAUGGAUGUCAACUGAAAAUAACCAUUUUGACUCAAUUUCACUUGUAUUUAAAGGAAACAAUCAACUAAAUGAAGUGCAUCUUCUAAAUUGGCUGAAAUUAAAACGGAAUAAAUUUCCAUUUCAUGUUCCUCAGAUGGCUGUUUAUAUGUAUGGACCAUGACUGACAAAUUAUCGUUAUUUUUUCUUUUAAGAUGACGAAAAACCGAUUGAAAAUAGCUAAACUGGGCCCAAAAUCUUGCUUUUCCAUUUGCCUGUAUUGAUUGUAGGGGUGAAUGAUCUUUGAUUUCGUUUAGAAUUGCUGUAGGGAAGGAUGGUGUUAAUAAGUGUAUUUUUAAUAAGUGUAUUUUAAGAUGAUUAAAUGCUCUGAUGCUUUGGCCUAGUUCAGAGCCGUCCUAUAGAUAACCAGUGUCACUACUCUCACUUUACCACUGGAAUUGCUGGAAAUGAUCAGGAUAGACGGCAGAAGAUGACAUGGCUGACUGUAUUUAUAAUAUUGUCCAAACUGGAUUUAUCUCAGAACUGUUACUGUUUCAUUUCAUUCCAAAAAAGGUUUUAUUUCAGCCUAAAAACAUUUUCCCAGCAAUCCAAUAACCAAUUUCUGAGCUGAAGGUCUGUCUGUGUUAUUCAUGAGAAUUUGCAUGUGAAGAUAUUCCUUCAAAAAGACAGAACUGACUGUGGAUGCACUGAUUCAUUGGUUUAAUUUUCAUAAUUUCAAUAUUUUGUCCAGUAUUAAUGCCCAGUAUUAAAUUUAAAAUCCCCCAGGCUUGUGUGUCUCGUCGGCCUUGAUCUUCCAGCUUCAAUAUCAAAUGAGAUGCUUGGAGUGAAGCCAGUAUGUUCUAAUAGAAAUAUUUUGUAAUAAACUAGCAUUUUUUUUCUGGUGAA